AUGAAGAGCAGGAAGGAGGUCAAAAUCAUGAAGUGUAUGGACGCCCUUGUACCUCCAUCCCAGAAGCCAGAGUCCUUGAUGAGUACUGACCGGAUCUACCAAGAGCCAUCUGAUAAAUACCCGUCCGCUGGUGGUGACACCGGGACUGGGGACAGCAAUAGAAGCUUCGUGUCGUUUCGUUCUCCACAUAUCCCCAGUAACCCCCUGUCCUCCCAGAUGACUUCGGGUAUUGGAACGGAACCCAAGGGUACUAUGCACAAACAGGGUCUUAAUAUGAGGGUCACAUACCGGCUCAGCACGCUAGGACCAACCCUUCUCCGUGUCACCAACGUGAGGGUCUAUUCGAGCUUGCAGGGCCAGCCGAGGUUUGAAUCCGGCCACAUGAUUCCCAUGCCGAAGACUGGUUAUAAUGGCCAACUAAGAUUUGGCAACGGCAACGGCACCCGACUCGUAAUACAGCCUGAACGCAGCAGCAACGGAUGGACGGAUGUUUUUGAAUUUAAUGGAAACACGAGAUUAAGUAUGACUUGUUCCUCGGAAUUGGGGAAUUCGGUGGAAAACGUCGACCCCUUCAUUGAUGAUAUACAUCAGCGCGUCCAUGAAUAUGAUCCGCAUCACCAUACGCCGGUACCGGGAUCACCGGAGAGUCAUGGAAGCGCAGCAUUUAUUCAUUGUAUGAAGGAAUUAUAUACUGCAAUCGACAUCGUAUUCGGUAACGCUGCAGUGAUUUGA